UCAACAUGGCAGUCUGUCGCACAACAGCCAAACCCGCCAACUCACUAUCCUAUCCCAAAUGUUGAUAUCAUAUACCACAAUAUGCACGCUGGGUCUGACUUCCGUACAUUCCGCGCAGCGAGCGACAGCACUGUGGAGGAGGAGCUGAUACGGGCAGCGAAUUACGUUAAGAGCGGAUGCUUUAAGAUUGUGAGCAUUAGCGCUAGCAAGAACUCAUUUGUAGUGGUUUGCUCUACGCCAUUAUCUAGCAAAGAACUGAAUGAGAAGGGAUUCAUGUGUCCUGUGAAUAGUGAAGAUGAUAGCGAG